AUGUUUAACACAGCAAGCCGCCCCCUGCCGGUGGGCUCCAUCGUCUUCUCCGUCUUUGCGCUCCUACUCGUCUCCCUCGUUGUCCUGCUCAUCUUGCGCCACUACCUGCCGCUGCGGUCGACGCCGGCCUUCUACUCCGUGCCCAUCUUCUUCGCGAUAUGGCUCCCGUCCGUCAUUGUGCUCCUGGUGCCGAUAGACCUGGCCUCGAGCGCGGGGACCGACGAUGACGGGACGCGUGGCAUUUGGCUUCCCGAGAGGGUCAUUCUCGUCUCGUGGCGGAUAACAUACUGGCUCACAUUCGCCCUCGGCUGGUUCAUUCUCCCGAUCCUUGGUGAAUACUCCGACGCUGGAUACCGAGAGCCCCGCGACCGGCUACUGUACUCGCUCCGAUCGAAUGCGCAGUUCUAUGCCAUGGUGGUGGGUUCCGCCAUUGUCGGCCUUGUAUACGUUGUCAUCAGAUACGACGUAACCUACGACUCUCUCAAGGGCGUCGUCAUGGCCUUGGCAUACUGCUGGGGCUUGGUCUUUGCCAUCUACCUCAUGGGACACGGACUCGUCUCGAUACCGAAGCGCCUCAUCCUCGACGCGAAUGUAGCAAAAAGAUUGCGACGACUGCAAGAAAAAGCGCCAAAGGCGUACGAGAAGAUGGAGGACUCGGCAGCAGCUUUAGAGGAGAUUGAAGCCCAGGUCGCCGAGCUCGCCAAGCGCAAAGUCGGUAGCGCCGCCGACUUUCGCGACUGGAUCGAAGAGCUGCAAGAAAUCGCCAACAUACCCGAGACGAGUCCCCAUGCCACGUCGUUUGAUGUGAAUACCAUGGAUCGAACUGUUCCGAAUGUUAUUACGCCCAAGUACUUGGCCGACCUCACGCGGCGCCUUAUUCGGGCCAAGCAUGCGAGGUCACGCUUCCUCAACGAAUGGCAUGACUUGGUCAACGCAGCUGGAAAGAUGCAAGCAAUUCUGGACUCUGCGGCGUCAAAGAAGCUCGAUUUUGGAGGCGCAUCGCCACAUGCAGGACUGUGGGACAAAGCCAAGCUGCUCAAUCCUUAUACCAGAUAUCUGUGGCAUUUUCAAGUUGCACCGUAUAUGCAAAUUGGUCUCGGAGUACUACUGACCUUGGCCUCUGCAUGCAUCGUCUGGUCCGAAGUUGUAAAACUACCCUUCCCGCACCUGUCCGUCAUCCGUCUGAGCGUCAUCCACCACUGGGUCGGCGACAAGGCAGAAGUGGGCUUCGCCGGCCAAGUCAUUUCGGCCUUUUGGAUCUGCUACAUGUGUGCCGCCGCUCUCGUCACCAUGACCGAAGUCAAGGUCUGGCGUGGCCGCGCUCUCGUGCGACGCAAUACCGGCUACGAAGCUGCCUUUUGGUAUGCCAUGCAAGUCGCCAAGCUGACCGUGCCCCUGUCGUACAACUUCUUGACGUUCUUGUCCAGCGAAGUGUACACCAAGACUGCCUUUUACGGCUUUCUGGGUCGCUUGGUCGACUUUACUCGUCUUGGCCGGUGGUUUGACGACUUGUUCCCUUAUUUAUUAAUCAUACCCGUGAUUGCCGCCACGUUUGGCCUAUACGGCAGAGCAAAGCGCCUCUUUGUGGGCAUUGACUUGCUCGAGGACGACGAGGAGAACUUUACCGGCUACGGCACGGGCUCGUGGCGUGAAGGUCGCGACCUGAUCGAGAGAGAGCUGGGCGGCGAGUCCAUUCGUCGCCGUGACGAGCUGUUUGCGAGACUGGCCACCGCAAGCACCGGCGGCGGCCGGGCCGCCCCUGUGCUUUCGGUACCGCCUGGUGAGAGCGCUUCGCGAGGCGCUUCGAGAACAAUUGGCGUAGCGGACGCCCAAAGAGCGGGCGCUUCGUCACAUCGCUACCUGGACGAGCCGCCAGAGGACGAUAGCCUAAUUCAAAUCAUCGGCCACCGGAUGAAGAACACGGUCGACAACAUAGAGACGCCCAAAUGGGUCCAGGACCUGGGCCAGGGCUUCAAGAAGCCGAAAUGGAUGGGUGGCGGCGAGGGCAGCGCCGGCAGCGAACAAAGAAGCGACAUUCGAAGCUGGUUUGGCGGUAAUAGCAGUAAUAAUAGCGGUGGUGGGCAAGUCCGAUUGUAA